AUGAGCACGAGUCCAGACUCACUUUUAACUUUAAAGCAGCUUCUACAUCGUGAGCAAGCUUUCUUUGAUAUAGAAUGGCAGAAAAUCAAAUCAUUUCAAAAAGAUUCAUACGAUUCAAUCAAAAAAUUAAUAUUUUUAACAAGAAAAGUUUAUUCACUUCAUCUAUCGAUUGUUGAACAAAUGAAAACUGGAGCUGUCAUUCCGGUUCCUGACCUGAUCACGCUUUCAAAGAACUUCCCAUCUGGUUUCACAGCUACGCAGCAAAGAGCUUAUCAAAAUGCAAUAGCAACUGUUAAAGACCCAAAGCAAAUACAAAACACCGUAGAUGGUAUCUCAAAAUUCCUCACAGAGCAUCCAGAAUCCGAAAAUUACAUUGUUUUUUCAUUCAUCCCAGCUUUGUUCUCAUGUUUUUGGAGUGACUAUGAAAUUGAAAGCUACAUCGAAUUCUUCAAAACAUUUGAUCCGAAAUUUUACCCGAUUUUAACAAAAUCAAUUUUAGUUCAUCAGUCUUUUUACGUUUUUCUCGAUUCUGUUCGCAUAGAUGCAGAAAUAAUACUUCAAGAACAGCGUCCUUUACGUGAUUUGAUUGGCCUUUUCUCUAAUCGUUCGUUCUUAUUCCCAAUAUCACUCAGACAAAUACUGAAUGACGUCAAAGAUGCCAAAGAAUUCUUCGUAAAGUCAAUACUAGAACCAGUUUUACUCAAUCCAUCGCUUUACGGCCUUCUUCCAUGCAUAGAAACGAAAACAUUUGAAUACAUGGUUCCACAGAUCGAAGAAUGCUCCGAAAUCAUAGAUUCUCUUAUCACAGAUAUUGCCACGGCCAAGAAUUACGUCAGAACUCAACCAAAUGAAGAAAAAUUAAAGACAGUUUUAAUGAAAAACGAAAAACUCAUUUAUUUGUUAAAAGACGACUGCAGAAUCAUCACAAGUAUCCUAAAUCGUGAUAUUGAAAUCCCAACAACCGAUGAUGUCUUUCAAAUUCCUUAUCAAAGAGAGAAAAAUUUUGAAAACGAUGAAAACGAUGAAAAAAGUGACACUGAAGAACAAAAUGAUCCAUUCGAAUCAUUAAUCAGAUCUCUUAUUAUUUCUUUAGACGUUUCCAAGCCAAGAGGAAGUUUUCUCGAAACUUUGGAAUAUGCAGUUGCAUUAAGGACGGGACCGACUAGAUUGCAAUGCGAACUACAACUGGAUGAGCUAAGACAGAUGAUGGAGAUGAAUAAAGCAAGCAACGACGUAAAUUAUUAUAUUAAUUUAUUAAAGGAGAAAUACGACCAAAGAAUGGCUCACAGACAGCAGACUUUGUCAGGAAAGAUAAAUACGGACUCGUUCAAGAUAUUGUUCACUCAAUCCCAGCAAUGUAUCGAAUAUCUCAACCAAAAGAAAGAUAAUUUGAUUUUAUUGGAGUGGGAUAAGACGGAACACUUGUUUGAUCAGCUUAACAUACCAGAACUCAAUCAAAAACCAGCUGCAUUCUUAGAAAGUUUCGAAUUUUUAAUUAAUUCGUUCAAAACUUUCGUUGAUAAGAACAAGAUAGUUAUAACUCAAGAGAGAUUUUUACCUUUGUUAUAUACACGCCUAACAAAGUGUAUUUCCCUGCAAACAUUUAAUGAAUUUCAUCCAAACUACGUAGAAAUGGAUAAGAAGAUAUCGGAUAUGAUCACAAACCACAAAGAUGAACUAAUAAGCAUGAAUUCCCAGAAAUGGCUCGAAAGAUUCCAAAAUGAUCCAACAUUACUUGGAUUGGCACAAGAUUGCUUAAGAAGAGCUUCAGAAGAAACAACAUCUGUAUCUAUAAUGGUAUGGAUUGAUAAAGCUUUGAAUUCUUUGCAGUUUUUGCUUUCAUUUUACGGAUUCAAAGAAAUUGGAGCAGAUGUCUUAGUUCCAGCAUCAAUCUUCUUGUUCAUACUUGUCAAUCCAUCGAAGACAUCGUCAAUGGCCGCUUAUCUUGAACAUACAAUACUUUGUGACGAAAUGGGACUAAUUCCGAUAACUCCAAGCAUGCAGUACUACGCUACAUUGGUCAAUUCCGUUGCUAAAUGGUUCAGAGAAAAGGUUGAAGAGCUUAAACUCUGA